UCCCCAUUGCGCUCUUUCUCAAAUUUUAUUCGUCAGAAUAAUCUUGGACGAAUUCCUAUUCUGGACUAGGAGGAGUCCAAGUCACAUGACUCAACCAAUAAAAUCUCGUCUCGCCUGUUAUAAACCACUGUUAACAAGAAGCGCACUCAGAAAACCAACGAAGAUGGAGGGAUUUAGACCGGUCUUUUUCCUCUGCGUUAUGAAUUGCAUCAUGUAUGUUUAUGGUAUCGAUAAAGUUCCAGGAGAGUCUAUUGAGUUCAAACCACCUGAAGGCUGUAAAACAGCAGGUAGCACACUUUCACACCGGCUGAAGGAUGACAGCAUUGUGCCAGUUUCUUACUAUAACAGUAGUGAUGGACUCUGGAAACCGCAGCCGUCGUACGAACGCAGACUGAUUCUAAGCGGCUCCAUCACGCUGACCGACAUAAACAUGAACGACGACGGACUGUACGAGUUCACCUGCAAGAGCGGCAGGAACAACCUGCCUAUCUCACUGAAGGUUAUUCGAUUGCUAUACGAGCCAUCAGUGGUCGCUGGAGGAAAUGUCACAUUCCCGUACAGCUAUGUUACAGCAGGAGAUACCCGGACUUUUAAGGUGCAAAGAAAUGGAAUCUGCGUGUUUGAACUAAAUUUUACCUCCGGCAACAAAACAGUCGGGACGCGGUUCCAGGGGAGGCUCUCCUUAUCACCUGAGUGGAAAUCGCACGGAAACUUGAGCCUGACUCUGGAGGGAGUUACGGAGGAGGACCAAGGCGUUUACUUAUUCUCCAUCGAAGAACUUCACGUGAAACAGAAGGAUGCUAUGAGGCUAAAGGUCGUGCCGAGCGUGCCGGGACCGGAGCGGAGGAACGACACAACGUCCUCUUCACCUGAACACGAGGAUGGAUCUCACCUGAAGACCCCACCUGAACACACCACCUGUAUUGUCAUCAUUGUGGUGCUUGCGUGUGCUCUUGUUGGAGCCGCAAUUGUGUGUAUUGGGUGUAUUGUGUAUAUUGUGAGGCUGAGAACCCGCAGACCCCGUGGUGCAGAACCCAGGCUGGACGUGAACAUGAGUCUUUUGGGGGACCAUCCUGUUCCUCAACCUAAUGGAAACGCUGUACCUUGAUAUAUUUUAUUAUUAUUGUUAUUAGUAUUUUUUAAUACGAUCUAAAAUAAAAUUUAAAAAAAAUUAAAAACUUGA